AUGUUUUUUAUCUACCAUUUUAUAAACCUUAAAUGCCCAUGCUCUGUUGACUUUCUCCAGAUCAAUGCACUUGAACUCGAGCUUGCUGAUAGUAAGCUAGCUACAGUUGAGGCGCAUUGCCGUUUUCAGACACUGGCACAUGACCACCAGUUAAUGAAAAAUGCGCACUCCCAACUACAGCUAGAGUACGAGCUCGCGCAGCGGCCACGCCCGUGGCUGUCACGCACGUUAUCGAGUCUCCGCAGCGCCUCGGGAGGCAUGAGCGCCUCAGCAUCAGUCUCAACUGUCGGUGUUGUACCCGGUUCUGGGACUGCGCUAUUAGCCAGCAUUCAGAGUGGCCUUCAUAUUGGGCAGACAGACAUGCCUUUGUAA